AAACGUCAGCAUCUUAUCUUGUUGCCACUUUCAUCGAUGUCUGAGAUUAAGUACACGGACGUGCGCUGCAAGCAGAUCUCAUGUCUCGUGAACGUGCUGCGAUCUGCAGGCCAGCAGCUUACUUCCGAUCAAUGGCCAACUGUUAUUGAAAUUGUUCGCUCUGUUGUAGGAGGCAAAUUGAAUUACGACAGUGUUUUGGUUAUACAGAGUUAUGAAGCAGUUGCAUUAAUGAUUGCUGAUUUUCUGGAAAUAUUGCCCCUGGACUGUAUACAAUUACUGGUUGAAACCGAUGCGAAAUAUGGCUCGCAGCAGUCCGAGCUGAACAUUUCCCUUUCAGCACUGGGACAGCUGUGGACCAUAUCCGAUUUUGUGUAUCGAAAGAGCCCGAAACUGUCGCAGAAGGAAAGCGAAACAAUCUGGCUGGUGCUAUAUAACUGCCUCUCGGAACUCUGUGUUGACGUUCGGCCCCCAGUUCGUAAAAGUGCCUGCCAGACACUGUUGCAAACAAUUGCCUCUCACGGUGUGGCAUUGAAACCGACAACCUGGAAGCAUAUGAUCUGGAAGGUGCUUUUUCCGAUGUUAGACAAAGUGCGAGCGUUGACUCGCAGCGCAUCGACAACGCGAACGGAUAGUUCAGCGCUUGGCGCCUCCAACAUACUCAUCCAUCAUUCAAGGGAUACUGAAUCGAAGCAGUGGGCCGAAACGUCCGUUCAAACUCUCAGUGGUGUCGUCAAAAUUUUCAAUGCUCAGCGAACGCUUCUGCGCACUCUUGAUGACUUUCCAUCAAUUUUGUCAACUCUUCUUCAUUAUAUCGAAUAUCUCAGCGCAUCUGAUAACGGUGAAAUUACGUUGGCCGCACUAAAAAGCUUUCAGGAAUUGUUAUUGGGUCGAAUGUUGCCAUCUCAUGCAUAUGAAACGAGCAAAAAGGAUAGAACUGCAAAGUGA